CUCAAGUGUAAAAGGUAUCUAUAUUUUUAUUGAAUUUAUGGAUGAAAUGAAGAGGCCGAGUGACUUUCCAAAAGCCAUUUAUACAGCCGAUCUGUUACUUCUCUUCUGUUAUGGUUUUAUCGGAAUUUUGGGUUACGCGAUUUAUGGCGUACCAGUAGUGAACCCUAUUACAUCAGCACUUUCGGCUGGCAAGGUGAAACGGGUCGCAAACGGCUUCUUGUGGAUUCAUGUACUUAUUUCUUAUAUCGUAACAGGCCUGGUUUUCAAUCGAGCUGUAGCGGUCCGCUUUGUCAAGAAAGCUGUCGAUGAUUUUUCUCUCAAGGGAAUAAGUGUUUGGUUUCUCGUGACUCUCGCAAGCACUGGACUCACUCUACUUUUGAAUAUAUUCUUCCCGUAUUUGAGUGAUAUCGAGUCUUUGCUGGGCACCCUUUUCUCGCCAAUUACCGGUUUUAUAUACCCACCCUUGUUUUAUUGGAAAUGUGCAGGUUCAACAAUGAGUACGAAACACAAGUUUGUAGCUGCGUUUGUUAUGAUAGUUUUUGGAGUGGUUUAUACUGUGCUUGGAACGUAUGGCACCAUAUAUUCCAUCGUACAAAACGUUGGAGCUACUCCACUGCUCUACAAGUGUCUGUACAAGAAAUAAAGAUUCGGAAGUCUCCUGCUUCUGCAGUACUGCUGUUCAUAGUUGUAAAAGUAUACACCACUAUCACAGAGUAGGUGCCAAUAAGACUGCUCUUUGUCUUAGCAGAGUUUGAUUGUUUCCGUCGUCAGCGUAAAGUUCGAAGAAUACUAUGAAAAACUUCAGACUCCUCUGCCGAGUUUUCUACAAUGGUACAAAGUGUUGGAGUUCUCUAUGUGCAAUAUUAUAGAUUUGUAUUAACCAAACUUUGGUUUCUCAUGAAAUAUUUUGACCUAACAGAGAAUGUCCUAAGCUUUGCUGCAAAGUACUGGGUCGAGGUAACACCUCUAUUUUACGAGUCAACACAAUGGUUUUUUUUUCAAACUUUCUCGUACGUGAGCUUCAAGGAAUAAAUAUUGAAGAUGAAUAGAAAAUAAAGGGGAUUGAGAGAAGAGACAUGUCCGAUACUUGCUGACUGAAAAACAACUUGCCUAUAUUUUCGAAAUUCGAUGUUAUCUUGAUGACGAUAUAACGCUCUGAAGUUAAAAAAUAAAGUUUGAAGUAUUUCA